AUGUCAGACGUUGAUUCAGAGACGGCCGGGUCGCCUCGGGCCCCUCCCAAGGACGAUGAACAGAUCGAUGAUGGCGGCGAAGAUUCGGACGUCCUCUCCGACAUCGACGAGGGUGUCUUUGAGGAAGAAUACAAUCCUGACACGGCGCGUGUGGAGGAGCGCGACUACGAAGAUAUCGCCAAGAGCCUGAAGGCAUCAAAGCGGAAGCGUGGGGAGGGUGAAGCACCGCCGAAGCGCAAAACACAGCUAAAGAAGCGCCGUACUGUCGAAGCCGCCGCCGACGAUCUUGGUGAUGCCGCAGGCGGUUCAGAUGAUGAGAAUGGUUCCAGAAGACAACGGAAGUCCCGCAUGGCUGGCGAUUCUAGACGGGCCAAGGCAAAAGAAAAGAGCCCUGAACCCGAAAUUGAUGAGUCCACCUUGACUCCCGAGGAGAGGCGUAAGCGGGCGCUGCUAAAGGCUAUGGAUGCUGCCGCCAAAGGUCGCAGCACCAGGCGGCGCAAGAAGGACGAGGUUGACCUUGAGGAGAUGGCCGAUGAGGAGAUAGCAGCCCUCAAGAUUAGCAUGGAGAAUGCCUGCGUGGCUGACAACAAGGCGCGCGAGGAAGGCAAGCCCGCUAUUGAGAAACUGAAACUUCUACCCAAGGUAGUGGCCAUGAUGAACCGUAACGCCAUCCAACACGCCAUUCUCGACCCCGAGACAAACUUUUUGCAGUCACUACGCUUCUUCCUUGAGCCGCUCAACGAUGGCUCCCUCCCAGCUUACAACAUUCAGCGUGAAAUCUUCACUGCCCUUCUGCGACUUCCGGUAGAGAAGGAAGCGCUUUUGAGUAGCGGCAUCGGCAAGGUUGUGCUAUUUUACACCAAGAGCAAGCGCCCGGAGCCAGGUGUGAAGCGAAUGGCCGAGAAGCUCAUAGGAGAGUGGAGCAGACCUAUUCUCAAGCGCACCGAUGACUUCCGGAAGAGGCAUAUCGAGACUCGUGAAUUUGAUUACGCUGCCGCAAAGCAAGCACAAGAAACAGCUUCCUAUGGCAGCUCACAGGCGGCAACCCUGCCCUCGCGGCCUGCCGGCCGGUCCAUCUUUGAGGAGGAAAUCCAAAAGAAGCUGGCGCCCAAGAAUCCGUACCGGACCGCAGGCACAGGUCUGCAAAAGACUUACACUGUCGCUCCCCAAAGUACCUACAAUGCUCCUGGCGGCGAUUACCGCCCUAUGGGAUCAGGUGGUCUAGAGGCAUUCAGGAAGAUGACCCAAAAGGGCAAGAAGAAGUGA